GUGGCUGUGCGUUUGUGCGCAUGCGCCGUGUGAAGAGCCCACUUUGACCACGUAGAUAGAUUGUCGGCUGCAGUAAAGCAUCAGGAUUUGUGAAAAAAAUAGUUGUAGUAAACAAAUUCACGGCCGCCAAUUAGUAGCAACGGGCCUUUACAAAAAUGGCGAGGUACUUGAGGCCACCUAAUACAUCUCUCUUCGUUAGGAACAUCGCCGACGACUCCAGAAUGGUAAAGAUACAGUUCUGGAGAUCCCACACCAAAGAAAGUUGAAAGGCGGUUGUAGAGUAGAUUCAAGCCAAAGACACCCAGGCGACAAGCAAUAGUGGAAUUGGGAAAAUAAAGAGAGAGCAAAAGCAUGAAGAUACAAAGAGGAGAAAAGAGAGCACCCAGGCUUCCAUUUGUCUACCAAAGGGAGGAAAAGCAAAGUGUUUAUUGGGCAAAGACAAGCAGGAAACCUCAAGUUCUUCUGCCAAGACAAUAAAGAUCAAGCUGAAGGUCAAAGGUCAAGCAUGUUAAAGGUAACAAGCCAAACAUUUUAUGUCCGGGAUGCAGAGGACGCUCUUCACAACCUGGAUCAUAAAUGGGUUUGUGGGCGUCAAAUCGAGAUCCAGUUCGCCCAGGGUGACAGAAAAACCCCUAACCAGAUGAAGACCAAGGAGCGGCAUUCCCCUCGCAGCUCCUCCCGCUACGAUGAUGAGCGGGAUAGCCGCCGAAGACGAUCCCGGAGCCGCAGCUAUGAUCGACGCAGAUCCCGAAGCCCCUCCUAUGAGCGUCGUCCUCGGAGGUCUGAGAGCCCCAGAGAAUCUCGGUCCUACAGUCGACACAGACGGAGCAGAAGCCAUGAAAAUGACAAGUACAGAGGUCCUCCUCGUGACAACCACAGGACACAUCAUGAACCAGGCUCACGUAGCCACUCAGCGUCCCGCUCCCCUUCAACCUCAAGGCCCGUGCCCAAAGGUAAAAAGAGCCAGUCCAGGUCUCACAGCCCGGCUGAAGAUUUCCAUCCAACCUCCAGCUCCCAGAAACAGCCUGUGGGACGGUCUCCAUCCCGCUCCUACUCAAGAUCCAUGUCCCGGUCCCGCUCUCGCUCCAGGUCCUGGGCUGGACGUAAGUCUGGAGGCCACUGAUUGUCUGUUCCCCCAAUGUCCUGUUAAUCUGGUUCUGUUCAGCUACGAUAACUAGAGUGUUAUGCUCUAUUUUGCAUUUGGUUAUCAUUACAUUAUGGAGUAUGCAGCCAAAGGGGGAGGAGGAAGCUGAGAUUUCUUUUAAAGAUUUGUUCUAAAGGGAUUCAUGAAAGCAGUUAAUCCUUAACUUUUUUUUUUUAACUUGUGUAGUGUGCAUUGCUGAAGGUGAAACAGUUUGGCGUUGCCAAUAAUAUUUUUGUACUUUGAGUUAGCAAUGUUUACGUUCAUAAAUUUCUUAAUCUGCUUGUCUCCAUUUGGCUCUAUUGUUUGUAAACAUGAA